GUACCUAAAGCCAAAGGGCUGCGGGUCCAUAGUAUGGGAGCGCUAUGUUGUCCAGGAAAGGACUCGUCCCUGAGGAUUACUUGCUGACACGUUUAGCUGAGAAUGUUCUACAGCCCAAAUUGUUCAAGGCCAAACCGAGGAAAGCUCGGUUCGUCUCCAAAAGCGGCGCCUGCAAUGUAGCGCACACCAACAUCCGGGAACAGGGCCGAUUCUUACAGGACGUCUUCACCACUCUCGUGGAUUUAAAAUGGCUCCACACUCUUAUUAUUUUCACCAUGUCCUUCCUGUGCAGCUGGCUUCUUUUCGGGAUGAUUUGGUGGCUCAUUGCCUUUGCGCACGGCGACCUGGACUCGAUAGGAGACGACUUUGUCCCGUGCGUAACGGACAUCCGCUCCUUCUCCUCGGCUUUUCUCUUCUCCAUAGAGGUCCAGGUGACCAUCGGCUUCGGGGGCCGGAUGGUCACGGAGGAGUGCUUCUCCGCCAUCCUCAUCCUGAUCGUGCAGAACAUCGUCGGGCUGCUCAUCAACGCCAUCAUGCUCGGCUGCAUUUUUAUGAAAACCGCGCAAGCCAAUCGGCGCGCGGAGACGCUCAUUUUCAGCAAGCACGCAGUCAUCUCCGUCCGGAACAACAAGCUGUGCUUCAUGAUGCGCCUCGGCGACCUGAGGAAAAGCAUGAUCAUCAGCGCCACCGUGCGGCUGCAGGUGGUGAGGAGAACCACCACCGAGGAGGGCGAGGUGGUGCCUCUGAACCAGAUCGACAUACACUUGGAUAACCCGGUGGGCACCAACGGCGUCUUCCUGGUCUCCCCCCUUAUCAUCUGCCAUGUCAUCGACAAGGACAGCCCCCUCUAUGAGCUGUCCGCUCAGGACCUGCAGCACGAGGACAUCGAAGUGAUCGCGGUGCUGGAGGGGGUGGUGGAGACCACGGGCAUCACCACCCAGGCUAGGACCUCCUACGUGUCGGAGGAGAUCCUGUGGGGGCAGCGCUUCGUGCCCACAGUGUCCGAGGAGGACGGCAUGUACGCGGUGGACUACUCCAAGUUCGGGAACACCAUGAAGGUCCCGACCCCGUACUGCAGCGCCAAGGACCUGGAUGAGGCAGGUGGCUUGGCUCGGUUUAAGCUGAACGAGGGCGCCACUUCGCGGGCGACUGUGAGAAGACGGCGGGGCUCUACGGUGGCCCGCAGGUCCAAGGUGGAGACUUUAAUGAGCUGAUGAUCCACUGUCUGCCAGCAUUUUAUAUGAUAAAUGAUAAUUCAUUAUUUUAACCCUCCUGUUGUCUUCGGGUCAAAUUUGACCCCUUUCCCAAAAGUUUCCAUAUCAGAAAUGUUGGUUUCUUUCAAACACAUUUUCCCAAAAAAAGUAACACUGAUGGUUCCCAACAAUACUCCUCACAAGUUAAAUAAAUUAUCAUCCCAUUACUUUCAUUGAAUUUAUGUUUUUUUGUCAAUUUUAUAGCACUUGGAGAGAAAAAAAAUUGGUAAAAGAACUUUAAAAAAGUGUAAAAAAUGAGAAAAAUGUCAAUAAUGUGAACAAAUGCCAAAUCAAGAGACAAAAAUGUAAAAAAUAUGUCGAAAAAAGUAACAAAAAUGUAAAAAAAAAGACAAAUGUAAAAGAGAAAAGCUUAAAAAAGUUUGGGAAAAGCCAACGAAAAUGUCAAAAGGCUCAAUUUUGACUUGUCGGUGGAAAGACAACGCGAGGGUUAAGUGUGUAACCUAGAGGUAAAUGACAAAGUACUAUUCAUUUUGAUAUGAGUAUAUGUUAUAAUCAAUAAUCCACAUCACAUCUAUCUCUUCAGUCAAUGUCACAACAAGCCUUUUACUCAGGGUCAGAGUGAAAACGCACGAGGACAGGAAUGCACUAAUAUCAAAAUGAGACGUGUGGAAUAUCCCGGUGCCCAGGACGAACAGAAAGUCCAGUUUGGAUGCGUUUGAUCUUUUUUAAAUUAAGAGUGACUGCAUGUUUCUAGAAUCAAUAAAGGUGAAUGCUUCAUGUAAA